AAAACGGGGGCGCGCCCGCGCUUUGCGAGGCUCCGCCCCUCCAGCGGUUGCCAGGCUACCGGCCCCGGAAGUCGCAGGAGCUGCGUCCGCAGUGGGCGCCGCUAGCCGGCGGAAGAUGGCGGAGGGCGGCGGCCCUGAGCCCGGCGAGCAGGAGCGGAGGUCUUCCGGGCCGCGGCCUCCAAGCGCGCGGGAUUUGCAGCUGGCCUUGGCAGAAUUGUAUGAAGAUGAAGUGAAGUGCAAAUCUUCCAAGUCUGAUAGACCUAAAGCUGCAGUCUUCAAGAGCCCACGAACACCACCUCAACGGUUUUACUCAAGUGAACAUGAAUACAGUGGAUUACAUAUAGUUCGACCUUCAACUGGGAAAAUUGUGAAUGAACUUUUCAAAGAGGCAAGGGAACAUGGGGCUGUCCCUCUGAAUGAAGCCACAAGAGCUUCAGGUGAUGAUAAAUCUAAGUCAUUUACAGGUGGAGGAUACAGAUUGGGUAAUUCCUUUUGUAAGCGGUCUGAAUAUAUCUAUGGAGAAAAUCAGCUGCAAGAUGUUCAGAUUUUGCUUAAACUGUGGAGCAACGGUUUCAGUUUAGAUGAUGGAGAAUUGAGACCUUACAAUGACCCAACAAAUGCUCAAUUUCUGGAGUCUGUUAAGAGAGGAGAGAUUCCCCUGGAGCUUCAGCGCCUUGUUCAUGGUGGCCAAGUGAAUUUGGAUAUGGAGGAUCAUCAAGAUCAAGAAUACAUAAAACCUAGAUUGAGGUUCAAGGCUUUUAGUGGAGAAGGGCAAAAACUUGGAAGCCUUACCCCUGAAAUAGUCAGUACACCUUCUUCUCCAGAAGAGGAGGAUAAAUCAAUACUUAAUGCAGUUGUUCUUAUUGAUGAUUCAAUCCCAACAACAAAAAUUCAAAUCAGGUUAGCAGAUGGGAGUCGUUUGAUACAAAGAUUCAAUAGUACACACAGGAUCCUGGAUGUCCGGAACUUUAUUGUACAGUCUCGUCCUGAAUUUGCCACUCUUGACUUUAUUCUCGUGACUUCAUUUCCGAAUAAAGAGCUAACAGAUGAAAGCCUGACACUGCAAGAAGCAGAUAUCCUUAACACUGUGUUACUCCAGCAACUAAAAUAAUACUGCUCCUGUCCAUGCAGUAGCAUGUGGGAAUAGAUGAUAUGCCAUAUUAAUAAGGACAGUGCUUCCAGCAUUAAAAACAACCAAAUUAUUUUUAUUAUUUCUACAGAUAAAUUUUGGUUUUAUUGUUAUUCUGUCUUCCAACCUGAAUAUAGACAAAUUUGGAUUAGGAAUAGACUUCGAGAUAAGUAUGUUUGAGUUUUUAGUUGAAGGACUGGCUUAUGUUGAUAGUUUUUGGAUUUCUAGGCAGAUCAGUUUGUUCCAUGCUUAGUGUUAAUGUAACAACAUUUGUUUGCAGAAAAAAAUAAACAAAACCCCUUUUUGAUAAGAUGCAUUCGGUAAAAUUUGCACUAAAGUUUCUUGAUGCAGCAUUGACCAACAGCCAUUAAGAAAUCUUUUGAUCACAUAAGUUGAAAAUUUGUCUGUAAUAUAUACUGAAAAGCGUCUAUUUUGAUUUUGAAAUUGUUUGAUCAUACAAUAAUUAUUUCUUCUAUUAAGACUUUACACAUCCUUUUUACUUACUGAUUUAGGUGUGUUCCUAGUAUCAGAAAAUACAAUUUUGCCUUGUGUUUUAUAGAAUUGUGACCGUCGUGAACUUAAAACAAAAACACGUAAAGGUCAGCAGUUCUUAAGAAGAUACAGUAAACAGCAACAACAUUUUAAAAUCCAGUAAUUACAGUUCCUCCCAGAGCUUGCCUUGAUCACAUUCAUUUAUUCAUUCAACACAUUUUUCUAUGAAACUCCCUAUUUACAUUAAACACUAUUCUAUGUGCUCAACCUAGAAUGUCUUCUCCAGAACAAGACUAGUGUAGAAAUACAGGAGUGUAAAUUCUGUCAGACAGACUGGAUCUAAAGAAUUACCAGCAUAAAUGUUUGCAUUUCUCCUGAAGCCAGAAGCUUUUCCUUCUUCCGAGACACCAUUUCAUCUUUAGUUAUCACUUCUGGUUAGUUUUCCAUUGCUGCCAUAACAAGUUACAAAGUAAGGCUUAAAAUACCACAAAUUAAUUAUCUUAGAAAUUCUAUAGGUUAGGAAUCCAAAUGGGUUUUGCGGUGCUAAGAUCAGUUUGUUGGCAGAGCUGCAUUCCUUUCAGGAGGCUGUACAGGGGAAUCAUUUCCUUGUCAUUCCACCUUCUAGAGGAUAUCUGUAUUCCUUGGCUUGUGACCUUUCUUCCAUCUUAAAAACCAGCACUGUUCCAUCUCUAUGACCCUUCUAUUAUCACAUCUCUCUGACACCAGCCUGGGGAGGUUCUCUGCAGUACUCAUGAUUAAAUGAGGCCCACUGGAUAAAUCUAGGCUUAUCUCCUCAUCUUGAAAUCCAUAGUAACCUUAAUUACAUCUGCAAAAUCUCUUUUACCAUUUAAGGUUACAUGUAGAUUUUGAGAUUAGGACAUGAACAUUUUACAUAGAACAUUAUUCUUGCCUACUACAUUCAUCAGCCCAUGUUAAAGAUUCAGGGUGGCCCUUUAUUAAAGAUUCAGAGCCAUCACAAAAUAAAUUUACCUCACUCAUAGGUGCUCAAAAGUCACAACCCAUUAUUACAGCAUCAACUCUAAAUCCAAAAUCUUAUAUGAGUCUCACCAACUCAAAAGUCUCAAAUCUCACAUUAAAGCCAUCUAAAUUAAAUUUGGGAGAGAAUCUGGGUGUGAUAUCUCAGUUCUCUGGGCUUGUGACUGUCUCAGAGUCAUUUUUACUUUUUCACAAAAGGUAGCCCACAUUUCCAACUGAGUAUCAGCUUAUUAGCUUGUUUCUUUUAUAUUUUCUAAAGCUUUCUGUUAAAAAUGGUGGUGUUUCUGCUGCUAUAACAUUGUCAGGAAACUGUGGGUCUCUUACAUAUGUCAUGGGGAUUCUCUCAUUUAGAUAGGAGGCUGCUCACAUCUUUGCUGGAAAAUCCUGUCUCUAUUUGUGGCUUUUUCUGAAAUAGCUGAGCGGAUGCAUGUUACACACCCUUAAUCUCUUCAAAGAGCCUUUUGUGUGACCUGAUACUCAGACCUUUUGAUGUUUCUGAAGUAUUAGCAAAAGGUUAUACAGCCAUACCUUCAUCGCUUUCUCUAGAGAAGGCUGUCCUGACAGUGAAUCUUUUAGUUUUAGCAGCUUUUGCCAUUUGAAUAGGCCAUGAAUUUCCCAAAUCAAGUCCUGGUUUCUUUUUAUUUAACAGCUCUUCCCUCAAUUUAUCUACCUCCUUCUAUAUUUUACUAUAAUCAGCAAAAAGACAGCAGGCUGUACCUUCCACAGUUUGCUUGGAAAUAUCCUCAGCUACAUAUUGAAGUCAUCACUUAAAAAUUCUGUUUUACACAUAACUGCAGGACACAAUUCAGCUUAUUUUUUUGCCACUAUGUAACAAGGUCCCCUUUCCUCCAGUUUUCCAAUAACAUAUUCCUCAUUUUCUUCUAAGCCCUCAAUGGCAGCAUCUUUAAUGUUAUUCCAAUUAAUAAUCUAUUCAUGAUGAGUUAGAUAUUCUAUGGCAGUCUAAAUAUUCGCUAUCAUACUCUGACCUUCCUUCGAGCCUGCCCUAGCAUUAACAUUCCAUAUUUCUACUACAGUCUGUUUAAGGCAAUUUAGCUUCUUUCUGUCAUGCUCCUCAGAAUUCUUCCAGCCUCUACCUACUGCCCAGCUCCAGAGCUACUUUUUCAUUUUUAGGUGUUUGUUACAGCACCACUCCAAGUACCUAGAAAAGUCUUUUAUGCCUACUUCACUGCCAGAAGACUUGAAUAUGCUACUAGGAGAUUUGGAAUUCACCUUUCUCCAGGGUCACUGCUUAUUUCAAAGAGGUGAAUUUACCUGUGCUAGGGUUUUCAUACUGAGAGUACUACCAGACCUACCACAGGAUGAAAGUGGUGAUCCCAGCACCACAGGGAAGAGGAAUUCUUCUCAAAAUAAGCCCUACUCCUUUUCACUUACUGAAAACUACAUGUAUACAGCCAGCCCCAAUUCAAAAAGAUUACCAGGUGUAAAACAACCUUUUCAGGAGUCAAAAUCAUCUUCUGAAGAAAAUGAUUUUUUAAAAGAAAUGAACAUUUUAAAUUAAAGGGCAUUGUCCUGUUUUGGAUUAACAAAACAGGAAAAAUAACCAAACCUUGUAAAAUUAUUUGAAAUUUUCUUGUUUUUAUCAGUUGGGUGCCUAUGGAUGCACAUACAGAAAUAACUGCCAUUUUUGUAUAUAAUAGUCUUCCAAAAUACAGAGAUUUACAUUAGGAGAGAAUUAAACAUCCAGGAGGGAUGAACAGUAUUUCAUGUGUGCUAUGUAAUGUUUUGCUCAUUAAGAGAUUUUCAUGAAUUAUUUUUACUACUGCAGUCAUUCUUAUAAUCAUGUCAAAAAAGAUGUCACAGUGAACAGACAACCAUGUGUAAGGUCAGUCAUUUUUGCAUGAUCUAUGUAAUCAAAAAAUUUGAAGUGUCUGCUUAUCAAUAAAGAAUGUUUUCAUUCUAAAGGUUUUUCAAAUUUUCCUUGAUUUGUAGUUUUGAGUGGCCGAAUAGAUUAUUUUAACAUGAAUAACAUUUCCUAUGGUUUAAUUACCCUUGGUGCACCUUUUUCAGGGACAGAGAAGGAACUGGUUGUAGCAGUAUUACCCGAAUUUCCUGUUACUGUUUCUGUUUUUAUUCUACCCAAAUAAAAACGUUCAGGUGCUUCUUUUUUUGCCACAGUGGAUUUCUGAAAACAUUGUAACAACUGUGAAAGGAAAAUAAAUCUUAGGACCCCAGAAUCACUAAACUAAAGGAAAAAGUCAAGCUGGGAACUGCUUAGUGCAAACCUGCCUCCCAUCUCCCACUCAUUCUAUUCAAAGUUAUCCCUCUGCUCAUGGAAAUAAAGUCCUGUCUGAUUGCCUCCUUGGGAAAGGCUAAUCAGAAACUCAAAAGAAUGCCACUGUUUGUCUCUUAUCUACCUAUGCCCUGGAAUUCCUUUCCCACACUUUGAGUUGUCCUGCCUUUCUGUUCUGAUCCAAUGUUCAUCUUACAUAUAUGGAUUGAUGUCUCAUGUCUCCCCAAAAUCUACAAAACCAAGCUGUGCCCUAACCACCUUGGGCUCAUGUCAUCAGGACCUCCUGAGGCUGUGUCACAGGUGCGCAUCCUUAACCUUGGCAAAACUUCCUAUAUUGAGACCCA